AUAUAUAGAGAGAAGAUAAACUAUCAAAUUGCAUUCAUCAUCUGAGAAGUCCUCUUUCCCCACAGAACGUUCUCACUCCCCCCGUAUGUGAUGCUGCACGGAGGUUCCACUGAGCAAGCGAGCUCUGCUGCUGCGGCAGAGGCCGAGGGUGGCAGCAUCUGAGGGCAGUGGGCACGGACACGGUCGGAGAUGGAUGUGGCGUUUCGCGACUCGGGUGUCACAGAAGGUCCAGCGUGGGAAGAUGUCUCCGGGAAAAUGGCCACCAACCGGAGUGCCAAGAAAUGCAAGGAGAAAUUCGAAAAUCAUGUGCGACCCAUCUUGGUAACUGCUAUGCCGAAACCACAAACUCGGUCUUUGCCCGGCAUGUCUCGAUACAACAGUACCGUAGUACCCUCCUCUUCCACGUAUUCGGACGAACGACCGGGUGUUGGGAGUCGGAACCGUGAGUGGAAGGACUUCUUAGGGAGGAUUAUGGAUGAGGUGAUCAAGAAGCAGGAGGAAAUGCAGAAGCAACUGUUGGAGGCGAUCGAGAGGAUAGAACGGCAAAGAGCGGAUCGGGAAGAGGCCUGGAGGAUGCAAGAAAUGAUCAGAAUCAAUAAGGAACGCGAGAUAUUGGCCCAGGAACGGUCCGCCUUGGCGGCCAAGGACGGCUUAUUAAUGUCCUUUUUGGAGAAAUUAGCCAAGCAAUGCAACUUGCAAGUGGGACAAGUACAAGUUGAACAAAUUAGUUUGCCCCCACAUGGUCCUGUAGAACCAUCACCUUCUCCAGCCGCGAGGAACGACGGAAUUCGUUGUCGGCUGACGGGCUCCUCCCGGUGGCCCAAAGCUGAAGUCGAAGCACUAAUCAAGAUCAAGACGGGCCUGGAUGACAAGUACCAAGAGAGUGGUCCCAGAGGCCCAUUGUGGGAUGAGAUUUCAGCAUCCAUGAGAGCGUUGGGGUAUGAAAAGAGCUCAAAGAGGUGCAAGGAGAAGUGGGAGAACAUCAACAAGUAUUUCAAGAAGGUGAAGGAGUCGAAUAAGAGACGGCCCAAGGACUCGAAGACAUGCCCGUACUUCCAUCAAUUGGACGCUCUGUACCGAACAAAGAAGAAGGUUUCAUAUAGUACAAGCGACCAUGUGAUACCUCUCAUGAACUCUAUGGUACCGUUGAUGGUGAGACCUGAACGACAAUGGCCUCCCAAUGAGGAUGUCUUACAAACUGGAUUGGAACGGGAGAAUAGCAUUGAGACCGAUCAUGCAGAGGAGGACAACACGGAGGAAGGUGAAGAACCAACAACGGAAAUGCCAUAAACGGGCGACCGGCGACCUCGACGAAUAAGCCAACAGUGUAUAAAAGAAUAAACUAAAAAAGUGAUCAAUUAUAGCAAUGGGCCUACGAAAUCAUGUGUUAGGCCCAUUAUUCUUAUGGGGGCCCAUUUUCUUUUUCAGUUCUGACAUCAGAUCAGUUGCUGCAAAAAAGCCCAAAUUCUCAAUUCUUAUAGUAUACAUGACUAGCUUGAUUUGAUAA